UGAGAUCCAUUCAAAUUGAUAUCUUCUGAUCAUAUAAGGUAUCAAAAUGUCUCAAACAGAUGAUAAUCGCAUCAAAUAUGACACAUCUUGGGAUUCGCUACAACUCUGCCAUCAGUUGCUUGAAAUGAAUGUCAUUUCUUGUGAAGAAUCCACAAUUUUGAGAGACCAGCGCAUCGAUGGCCUCACUUUCCUUCUGAUGAAUGAAAACAAUUUCAAUGAAUUGGGAUUUCUUUUGGGACCGAAGAUCAAGAUCUUAAACUUCAUUUCACACAUCAAAAGACACAUCGAAGUCGACUACGAUUUCAGUGAAUCCAAACUCAAGGCAAAGGAGACACCGAAGACACCACUGAUUGAUCGCCAAAUGAAGACUGAGAUCGGAUGCGGAGACGUGGCCUCCGAUGACGACCACAAAGCUGUCAAAGAGACCAAGACUUACAAGUCAUACAAAUGCCGCGAAUGUGACAAAACCUAUUCAAAGGUACAGUACGUCAGAGACCAUGAGAUGACAGUUCACUACAACUCCGGUUACAACUACUCGUGUCGGGUGUGCGGACACGCCUUCGGAUGGAGAGUCGCGAUACUGAAGCACAUCAAGAGAUACCAUCCCGAGAAGAAGUCGUCCGAAAUGAUUGUCACUCUCUUCUAA